AUGAAAUCUCACCAUCGGAACCGUUUCCUAGCUCUUGUUGCUAUAGUAUGUUUAAGCGUUGAUGUAGCGUUUUCAACGAUUGUGGAAAUACAGCAACAUCAAGGUAUAUAUUUCACUUUGUUUUCAUGCAAAUUUUAGCUGUCACGCAAGAGUGCGUACUUGGUCUCUGUUGUUCUUUUAGUGUUUUUGCGCGCGUGGUUGCUCUUGAUAUGGAACUUGAACAAACUGUAAGCGUCAAAGCACAUUACCUCCUUUUGUUGGAAUUUAUCUUAAAGCUGCCUUCCUUCACAUGUCUACAAAUGAAAACCCAUCUGUAAAAUCCAAUAAGUCCUCACUUUCCUGUUUUCCUUCUCGAACUAUUUAUCAUUCGUUGACUUUGAUCUUAGUGAUAUUUGUGGGCUUUAAAAUCAAAAUCGUGUACUUUUGCAUUGCAACGGAAGGGUUCAGAUAACAGAUACACGAUUUUCACAACUACCCUGAUGAAAGUAUCUUGUGAUUGUAUAGCAGUGCUAAGCCUCACCAACUUGAAAGACACCCUGAAAUCUUGUCCAAUCAAUAACUCCAAGUUUGCGGCCCCUUCGUUCUAUUUUCCUUCCUCAGAUUUACUGUCAUGUUCAUAUGAUAAUAAACUAAAGUGCAAAUGAUUAUACUGGAAUUACAUAAUUAAAAUCCAGGUUUAGGAAAAUUUUCCCAGUAUAUUAUACCGUUUGUUUUUCUAGAAACCCAAUGUAAAAGGGGAUCAAGUUUCUAAGUCUCAUUGUAUUAAGUUUAUGUCUCAAGUAACAUACCCUUGGCUCAGGUCCUGGCCUGUUCACAGCCACAGGAAGAGUGAUAAACACCAUUUCAAUUGUGGACACACAAUUUUCCUUCAAUCAAACCAGAGAUUCAUCACUAAGGAUGAAGAAUAUGCCAUAGUGUAAUAGCAAAUUCAAAUUGUUGUUUAUAAGAUAAUGUUGAUUACUGAUCAAUUUGAGUGUUCUUCAGUUAAUUAGUAAUUAGGCAAGUUUACAGUUUGAAUUCUAAAUCAGUGUUGAUAGUUUUUCAUUGGUCCCUUCUUUUUUGUGUUAACAGUUCACUAAUUUUGUAUGUGUCCCACCUGCAUGUGUUGUAUUUUGAAGAAACUAAUUUAUAAAGAUCAUUACCCUUGAUGUGACAGUAAAUUUUCCAUUCCAUUUUCACUCCACAACAUGGAAAUUGAUAAUGAUCAUUUAUCACAGUUGUAAUUGAAAAGAAAAGAAUCCAUAAAUUAUUAUUGAGAAAAUAACAAUAAAUUUCUGUCAAUCAUUAUUCAUUUUGAGAUUUCUCAAUUAACUGACUAGUUUUGAACUUGAUAGGCUCUGGUGAAUGUUACCAGUUACUGACAAGUUUCUUUUUUUCUGUGUUAAACACAUCAACCCUCAAAUCUGAUGAGCAACUUUCCAACGGUGAUCAACUUGUUAAUGGGGGGUUUAUUCAGUACAUUCAGAGGUAGGACAACCAUGGGUGAUGAUGAAUUUUGUGGUCAAAAACCUAAAGUUCUUAUUCAACUUAAAAAAAAAAAGAAAAGGAAACAUUAUGAAGACUUACUCUUUUAUGUGACUUUGGGUGCACUUUUGUGUAUGUCAAUGUCAGUUGUUAACCAUAAACAAGGCUGCUUAUAUUAAUUACAUACAAAAAAGUGGUAAUGAUGGUAACUAAGUAGAGAUAAGCAAUACCUUUUUUAAGAGCCAGGGAACAGUGGGUGUCCUUAAAAUUUACUUACAUUCCCAUAUUUUAUUGUACAGAUUCAAAAGUUCCAUUCUAUGAUCUAAGGAAAGCAACAUUUAUGGUACAUAUUUCAUCUAACAGAAAGUCUCAAAAUAAAUUUAAACAAUACAGAGCACGAAAAUACACAUUUUCAAACUUAACUUCCUUCUACCUCCCUCAAAGUCAAAACAUUCGGCUAUCUACACAUAGUGCCCCAAUCAAUUUAAAGCUUCAACACCUCCACCCCCCUCCCUGAGCAACCCACAGACAUUUGACUAUGUUACAGGGGUGGGGAAUUGGAACCUUGCCAGAGUGGGAUGGAGAAUUUGAACCAGCAAAAUGCAUAUGUUUUUAAUCAAAAUAAGGAGGAGUUUAAAGGUAAAGAGUCUGUUUUCAUGAGCAAAUGGCUUAGAAGAAAAUUUUCACAUCGCAGAAUGAUGCUUACAGGGGAAAAACCAAAUAGUGACACCAAAAACUAAUACAUGGCUUUGCUAAAUUCAGCAACAUUCAUUGAUCAUACAGAUAAUUUUUAGAAAAAAAUUGUGCUUGACUAGGGCUUUGCAGUGCAAUAUUGGGGUGAACAGCAGGAAUGUGAAUGAACCAGUCUUCAAAUGUUCAAAUGCCCUCCCCCUGGUUUGGUUUAUGUGUUCAAUUUUAUGUAAGCACCUCUUGCUUUGAAGAAGACUGAUAAAAAAGACAACAAAAAUGAUCUGCUGUAGCUGUCAUACAGAAUGCUUUUAAAUAGUUCAUAAUGUUUGAGAAACUAAUUCACUUUACAUCAUGACAUAGCCCUCUUGAUAAAGAACAGUUUGUAUAUUUGCAGAUACCUUGCUUUGUCGACGGUGUGGGCAGGACAUCUCUGUGGCUGCAAACCUCAACAAUUUAGGUAGUAAACUGGCUCUGCGACAGAGGAAUGACACUAUUCUAGGGGUGAAACAGUGUCUUAUACAGCUCUUCAAAAACCCUCAUGGUAUGAGUUGUUGAUACCCUAUAUGACCAAACUUUUUUAUACAGAGAAUCAUCAUGGUUUGCUAUAAAUUUCAUAUUUUCUGCUUGACCAUAUAUUUUUCAGGUCAACAUUUUGAGCUAAUAACGGUAACAUCAGCUAAUAUCAAAAGUCUUGGUGAGGUAGGUGUAAAUUGUUAAAUUCACUGUUGAGUCUAUGAAAAGAAAUAUAUGCAAUGUCAAAUUGACAGAAUCAACAACUCAAAUGUUUAGGUGUAAACCUCAUUGAUGUUGUAAAUAGCCACAGUAAAGAGUUUAUAUAACUGGUAUUUGGAGCAUUAACCCUUCAUCAGAGUGAGUGGCAAAAGGCUAGCACUUGAAAUCCAGCUUUAGAAACUCUUUACCAUUGCCAAUUUACACUAUCAACUCAGUUGAUUAAACCAAAUGAUCUUGUUAUACCUUCAACUGAUGCAGCACCACAAUUUCUUGAAAUUAGAAACUUUCCCCCCUUAUUCAUUAUUAAUUUUUUCACCCUAGUUGUUGAGUACAACAAUGCAGACACAAGUGCAGGUACAAGCACAAAUGCAACCAAAACCACAAGAGCUCUUAUUUCACUUUGAAAACAGCCUUGAUGCAAGUACAAGCAAAACCAGGGGGGAAAAAAGGAAAAAGUCUGAUCUUUGUGCAUGUGCUCAUAUUUAUAUUUGUGUCAAGGCUGUGUCCACAGUCCAAUAAGAGCUGCUAUGCUUGGGUUUGUGCUUGUGCUUGCGCUUGCGCUUGCGCUUGCGCUUGUGCUUGUGCUUGUGUAUCAUCAUAUGUAUCGCAUUGUGAGCAAUUGACAUGAUUUACCAACACACUAGAAGCACUUUCAUUUGAAAAAUAAGGUUUUUAAAAUGAUUAGUAAUCAGUGUGAUCUGUGAUUUAAGACCCAGCAUUUUUUAAUCCUUGGGACUGAUUAAAAACAAAAGCAUGACAAAUGAGAUGUAAUUAAAAUAACAAACACAAGCCUAGUUGAACUAACAAUAAUAACAAGAAAAUGUAUACAAGAAGAAUCAGUCAUAUAAUUUUGAAAAUAAUGAUAGUGAUAAUUAAACAUGCAGCUGAGUAGAGCUUUCAACUUCUAGGCCUUUAAGGAGCAUUCCUGGUUUCCAGGCUAUGCAUGGAGGGUAGCUGUUUGCCCUCAGUGUGGUGUCCAUAUGGGAUGGUAAGACUGCUUAUUGUCUAUCACAACUGACAUCAUUUUGACGCUUGAAGUCUGUAGAUUUUGUUUUGAACACUUUCUGUUUUCUGUCUUCACUACGCAUUUUAAUUGCUCCCUUUAUAGACUCAUGCAUUUCUCCAAUAGAAGUUGAUAACUUAAGGCCUAUUAUGUCUAUCAAAAAAUUAAGGUUUCCUAAGAAUAUUUCUUGUUUCCUCUUUUGAUUGUGCCCUGAAAGCUCAAUCGAGGUAAUUCCUUGAAAAACUAGGUUGCAGUAGUUUUGUGCAAUGAUGAUGUUUGCAAUAAUUAUUUAAGUAAUUAUUACAAAGUGCAUUAUUUCUCAAAUAUUGCAGAAACAUAAGAAAAGAAAAUAUCAAAGCAAUAUAUUGCAGUUCCUAAAUCUGGUGCAGACACAUUCCAUGUGGUAAAUUUUAAGCUUUUAACCCUAAGAUUGACCAGCAUCUAAUUUCUCCUAACAGUAUCACCCCUGAAUCAAACAUUAAAGGCACGAGAAUAAGGCAAUGAUCACCAAAGACAGAACCUCUUGAUUGAUAGACAAAUUCUUCUUGUCAGUACCUUCAGAAAUGUAUAGAGAACAGUAUGGGGAAUAUGUAUACUGAUGCUAGGGUCUAAAGGGUUAAGCAAAUUACAAAAGCUUCAAAUUCAGCACAGACAAGUUAAUGUUGUUCAUAUUCUUUAGUCGUACUUGAGGCUAUCACUGAUUGUUAUAUUAUUUUAUAUAAUAAGCUCAGUUAUGCACGCAUUCUGAUUGGUUCUCACUUAUGGUCUAUUGGAGGACAGACGUAUAGAUGACGUUAUAAUUAAAACUUUUUUAAUUCUUUAUUAUAUAAAACAAAUAGAUUGUAAGUUGCCGUGCGUCUGUUCAGUAAUAGAUCACAGAGGAUGUCAAAAUGCAGCAAGAACAUCAGUAACACACUCGGCUGCACCUCGUGCACUACCUUUUUGUUCUUACCACAUUUUGACAUCAUCUGUGAUCUAUUACUGGACAGAUGCAUGGCAACUUGGAAUCUAUUUGUUAAUUAUACAACUAAUUGACUGUUACCAAAUUUUUCCAGGUCAUUUGAACAUCGUCAUCCUAAAGAUUAUGUGGAGAAAACUUCUAAAUUUUGGGAUGAUCUAUCCUCCCAUAAGGAACAGAAUAAAGGCAAUUCCAGAAUAAUCCCCUCUUUUGUGGGCCUCAUAUACCCAAACCUAAUUGAGGAACACUGUAAGUUUACAGUCACAAAGAAUGUACUGAUAUCAAUUUCAGUGGAGCCUUCAUUCAGGGGAAACCCUCAGAACCAGGAAAGUGUUUAUUAGAGAGAGAUUGGAUUGGGGUUUGUUAAUGAUUCACCACAAAAAAAAAAUAAUAACUUCGAUAUUUUUAUUAUUCUGGCUUGGAAUCUGCUGGAGUCUCUAUUUCACACAGCUAGAUAAUUAUGUAUUAAAUAUCCACAAGUGCAGUAAAUUUACUCAAGAGCCAUAAGCAGUUAAAAGAUAGAGUUCAUUAGGUGCACUUUCCAAAGUGAAACAACUUCUUAUGUCAUACACUGUACUACCACAUUGGUGAGAAUCUCUGGAGUGGCUAAGGUGUCCCCUGAAUGGAGGUUAAAACAUGGCUUUAGGACCCAGGAUAAGUGUUCCUUUCCCCUUCAAUACUGAAAACAAGUAUGAAGAUGAAAUCAAUAUAUUUCCUGGACCAAAGUUUGUGUUCCCUGGAUGAAGGUGUCCCUUGUAGCCAAUGUCAUCAGACUCUUGAGUCUGGUAAAAGUGACCAUCCUUCUUGAACACCACCUACUUUUACUUCUUAUCUUUCAUCCUAUACCAUCCUUUAAGACAUAUUUAGUCCAGCUGUUGAAGGGAGGUGGUCAUUGGUAGAGGUUGAAGUGUACUUCAUAAAUUAGACCUAUCAUCAAAUGUUUCAGGCUGUUUCAUAUUUAACUUGUUACUAGCUUGAAAUAUUCUUGAGACCAUACACCUAAGGAUCAUGAUGAACAAACUUCAGGUCAUUGUGUGGUGUCUGCUGUUGCAGCAUGCCCUGAGAUGGUGACUCAAGAUUCCAUGACUCAGAGCCACCUUGAACUAUUUCCCUAAAUGCUUGGCACCCUACCAACACACUAUAUGGAGAACAAAAAAUGUUCCCACCAGGAAACAGAGUUAUAUAAAUUGUAAAUUGUAUGGGAGUGCUUCAUAUUUCCAUUGUGCAUACUGUUGCACUGAAGUGUAGUAACUAGGGAACUUGUAUCUUUGAAACAUUUUAAAAAUGCCUUGUUGAAGAUAUUGUGUAAGAAUUGGUUUACAUGUCAGCUGGGUCUGUUGAGAUUUGAAGCACUUGCCCAUCUUUCCUGCUCUCAUAAACUGAUGACUGCAGGCUGACCUACAAAACUAUUCAUUGGGUAAUUUUAUGAGAGGAACUUUUUUAUCUUGGCAAGACAUUUUCAUUAAAAUCACACAGUAAAAAUAUCACUCUGAUUGAAGUUUAUGUUUUGUGUCCUUUUUAUUGUUUUAUAGAUGCAGACUCAUUGAUAGUGACACCAAAAGCAUACAGAAGUUAGAUGACAACACUUUUGAGCAGCUUUAACAACAGAAGUCAAUGGAAUAGUGCCUGAAAGUCCCUUACACUCUUGGUUUCUUAGUUUUUUUACAACUAAGUAAUAAUAUUACUCUGACUAACAGGCCCUUUAUGCAUUUGCCAAGCACUUAAUGACUUAAUGACCACAUAAGUUAAUGGAAUAGUGCCUGAAAGUUCUUGACACUCUUGGUUUCUUAGUUUUUCACAACUAAGUAGUAAUAUUACUUUGUGUGGCAGACCUUUUAUGUAUUUGCCAAGCACUUAAUGACUUCUAAACCUGGAGCUUGUAUCCAUUCUGCAGAGGGUUUUAAAGCCAUCUUUGAUCAAAAGACUAAAAAUGUGAUGACUUCUCAUCCUAACCCUUUGGAUGACUAUAGAAAGGUCCCGGCAGGUGCAUCUUGUCUGAUGUUAUGUUUGGUGUGAUGACCUUAGUCAAGAUUCUUUCAUACAGGGUUACAAUAUUUCAGAUAUAGGAUGAUAUAGCGAGGAAGAUAUUGGAUAAAUGUGACCUUCAAGCGUCGCAUUAUAAAUGUCAAGGGUCAAGAAAAUCAAACACAGAGAGUUGGAAACUUAAUAUGAAUGACACACGAAAUUAGCAAUUGCAGCUUUGGUAAAAGCGAAAAAGUAAUGAAGUCGUUAUAUAUGAAAUGAUAGAAAAUAUACUGUCUAGUGUUGUACAGUGCCCAAAAAAAAAACUGCAACAUUAGUUACUAUUAAAAAUGGUAAAGGACAAAACAAAAGCUAACAAAAGUAAACUUCCUUAAGUCAGGCUUCCUGUGCAAAUGUUCUUUAACCCUUGACACCUUAAAAUCAGUAUUUAUAUUCUCCAUACUGUUCUCUUUACUUCUAAGGUCUUGACAAAGAGAAUUUGAUUAACAAUCAAGAGGUUGUUUAGUAGGUGAUCAUUUCCUUUAUUCUUGUGACCUUGAUGUUUGAUUCAGGGUUGGUAUUGUAGGGAGAAAUUAGAUGCAAGUCACUCUUAAAGUAAAAGGUUAAGUAAGUAGAGUACUUUAAAAAUAAUAAUGGGAAAAAACAGAUUUUCAAAGAAAAACCAUAUGGUGUGAUAAUCUUCUUCAACUUGAGAAAAGACUCGAAAAAAUUGUUUAUCAGGUGCAUAAAUAUGCAAACCAGUGUCCUCAAACUGUUACUGGUGGCCUCCUUUGCAGCUGUUGUUUGGUUUGUCAUGCAACAAGCUCUCUCCUCCACCACAGAGAGUGCGGAGAGACCACCAAAAUGGUAAAGAAACUUAAAUAUGCAAUAAAUUUUAUAAUAAAUAUUCACUACCUUAAAGAAAUCAAAUGCUCUACAAGACUGUCCUUUGAGAGGGGGAUGAAAAGGAAGGAGGUUGAUAACGGAGUCUUGAUUUGUAUCAGAGAUUACUCCCUCUUUGUGAAAGCCUGUCUGCAUCUCAGAACAGAUCAUCUCCAUAGACAAAUAUAUGUACCUAUUUUUGUGUCUGUUGAAGGCUAUGGUUUUUACAUCAAUAAGAGAAUAUAGAUUUUUAAAAGAUAUUCUCUUUAUGACCUCAAUGAGUGUGCACUUCCUUUAAAUUCUGUUUCUAAAGAUGUAUGUUGAAUUUCUGACUCCAAGUAAUCAAGUCAUGUAUUAGAAACACUACGACAAUCUAUAGAAGCUCCACUACUUAGUACAGGGCGAGAAAUGUUAGGUUCUUAGGCUGUAUGCCUUCUAAUGGAGGAAUGUCUUGUGUUCACACAAUAUUACUUGUUUAAAAUGAAAUGUGGACCGAGCAACCACUAAAGCCAAGUAUCCGUCACCCGUGUGAAACAUUGCUUGUUUCCACCAAACAGUGCCUACCAAUGGAACUGCUUUGAAAAAGAAGAGCUGAAGAACUUGCAGUCUCCUGUUGUAUGCGGUUGAGUUCCAAACAAGGUGAUUCUAUUUCUUUUCAAGGUCUAUUGUAAAUGACAGCACAUCAGACGACCUCAGCAAAGCCUCAUUGACUACUCCCAUUGGAGUUUGAAGUUCAGAUACCUGGAAAUUCUCUAUGUUUAUGUCUGUAGCCACAAAGAUGGCUUCCACUUGAGUCUUCUCGUGCAUCAAAAAGCAAGCUGGCUUGUUACAGGACGCAAAGAUAGAACGAAGAAAUACAUCUCUAAGUUGAGCCCUCGCAUCUUGCUCAGCUUCGAUAUCAGUUGUUAAAACCUUCGAUUCACAUUCUGGCGAGAUUUGGUAGCUUGGUGAACUUGGAUCUGCAGAGGGAUCCUCCAUCUGUUCGACAACGUCUAGGAAGAAGAAAGCAGUGUGGAACGAGCUUGAUGAUUCCGCUGACCGUUUGCAUAGUUUGGUUGGUGUCUUUCAAAAUGGCGGAGAAAACGAGCGUGGACAGCAGCGCGGGAAAGGUAACUCAAUUGCCAAUCGCAAGAGUCAAAACAAUCAUGAAAAGUUCCCCGGAACAGCCACAUUUCAGUCAAGAUUCAGUUUUCCUAAUAACAAAAGCCACGGUAGGUCUCUCUUUUAUGUUACAGUUUGUCAGCGUAUCUUUAUUGCUCUCGGGGUAUCCUGUUGAUUUAAUCAAUAAUCGAUGAAAAUUUACAUCAGUCCGUGCCGAUGGAAAUCAAGUUAGUAAUUGAUAUUGUUAGUGGUUAACCAGCCAAAGGCCAAGAAGGUUCUUGGUUGUAUAAGCACACCCAUUCUCUCUCCACUUUUAAAGCUGCAUUCGUCAAGAUACAUCCUAUCUCUCUAUUUGCGGUAUAUCUUUGUGUGGCUACUCUUAAGCGGUAGAGAAAACUGUGCUUGCCAAACUGGGUAGGAUUUCCGCACAGCCCCUUACUUCUGUAUGCGUACAGUUCCUGGAUAAAGAGAACAAAGGUGGAAACAAUGAAUAUCCUUUGGGGCUACAGAGAGAACUAUUGCUUUGUAUUAAAUAGCAUGGAACUGCAUAGCCUGCAGAGCAGGCGUAAUUAUGGUAGGUGAGUACUCAGAAUUUUCUUAAAGAAAAGUAUGGCCAUCAUCUUUAAUUUUAAUGGCAGCAGAAGGCUGGGGAGAGAAAGAAAUUUAUACCAAGGGGGCAGUCAAGAUUACACCUGCCCAAAGUCAUCAUUAUUUGGAAAAACUGCAUUCACCCAUGACCAGAGUUCCUGAUUGGUACAGCUAAGCACCAGCUAUUGAUCAGCCUGAUAUUUCAGGUGUUGGUUCUUAUAAUAGAAAUUAUAAUGGGAAACCUUCAAGUAAAGUUGUCAUUUGUCAGCCUUCAACAUAUUGUUUAUGAUCAAAUGGAAUAGGCAUCUUCGAUCAGAUGAAUGUUAGCUACACUCACAGAUUGUCAUUUGGAGGAUAUAGAGAGCAGCAAAUAUCAACUUGUAUUUGCAUCAGCAGGGAAUUUUCUGUUCUGGCUCAAUGUGUUUUUUUUUUUUUUGAAAGACAGUGCUUCCAGUUUUUCAUUUAACUCGUGUUGAUUUAUUACCUGCUCAUUUCCAGAAAUGCAGUGAUGCAAAACUAAUCAGGGGGUGUUUUGCUUUUCAACAGCUUCUUCAGGCAGGUGUCUUCUCACUCUUCCCCCACCCACUACCCCCACCAUCUACUCUAACUCCAUCUCUAACCUGCAAUCCAUCCAAUAAACAAUCACAAGGUUAUAAUGUUAGCUCCCACUAAUUAGAUGCCUGCACAGCAGGCUAGGGGCUGUGCAGGAAUCAUACCAUAAACUGUGCAUAAAAAAUUUUCAAGCUUAGAAAAAUCUUCUUAAAUGCGAGACUUAAGGUCUUUUCACAUCUUAGGAUGCAUGGUUAGUUGAGGUAUUCUGUUCAAAAAGUAGAUGCCAUGUUGGGGUGCUUUUGUUCCCUAUUAGAUCACAGAUGAUUUCAUAAUGUUAUGUUAAAAAAAAAAAAAAGUGGCGCAUGAGGCACAGCUUAGUGUGUUACUGAUUUUUUUUUUUACUACAUUUUGAUGUCUUCUGUGAUCUAUUAAUCUACUGGCCAUAGACAAUGUGGAUAAAAAGCAAAAAAGUUGAUGGUGAUAUCAUCAAUGUGUCUGUCCUCCUGUGGAUCAUAGGUAAAAGCCAAUCAGAAUGCAUGUAUAAUCAGUUUAUUAUGUGACUGAGAUAGCCUUUCUUCAAACUUGUAACAGCUACAGAUCUCUCAUAUGGUCACCAAGGACGUACACAAAUAGCACUUAUAUCUGAGAUCCUGGAUUGUUCUCUUUCUCUUGUUCAUAACCAUUUUCAAGGCUUGUUCUUUAUUUGAUCAUUUCAUCAUAUAUUGGUUGCUCUACUAAAGGGUUUUUUUUUUUGUUAUGGUUUGUUUUUUAGUGGCUGUUUAUAAAGACUUAAUAACUUGGUCAGAUAAAAUAUAAUUGCUAUGAAAUAAUUUUUUUUUUCUUCAGGAAUUAUUUAUUGACUAUCUUACCAUCACUGCUUAUAAACAGGAGAGUGAUUCAAAGCAACUGACCUACAAGGGACUCUGUAAGUAAUGUUUACUUUGUGAAGGAGUUGUAAGUGAUAAAGACAUCCAGUUAGUUGUCAAAGUGAGCUAGACCACCAAUCUUGUAGCUUAAUCAAUGAAGUCAAGGCAGAUACAAAGUGACAAAUUAUAAGCAAUUAUUGAAUGAGAUUUAGCAUUAUAUCAUGAAUUAUCAAUACCGAGAUCAGUGGCAGUUAACACAGACACAAGUUUUGAUGCAGCGGAAACUGAAUUCUAGAACCGAUUUAUUACUAACUUUUUAAAGUGUUUAGCCUUUUUGAGUUUCUCUCUGAAGUUGCAAAAGUUUGAGAACACCACACUGCAGGGCUUGAAAACUAGGAAGACAUUGAACUUAACAUGAUGACUGCAAUAUCUACUGCAGAUGUUGCAUUAUUGUGUCAACUGCACAUGCUAUUGUAUAUUGAUUGAAUGCUCUCAACCAAUUGUAGUAAAUCUUAGGUAUUAUCAUGUGUAAUCAGCAUUACUGUCAUGCAGUCUUGGAUGUCAGUAAUUUUCACCGAAUAAAAUUUCCUCAUAAUCUAACCUAAAAAAUUUGAAAAUGCACUCAUGGAGUUCUCUCAAAGUUCUUCAAAAUGUUUUGUAUUAAUUUUUCUUUGUCCUUUUCUUUAUUAUUGCAGCUAAAGUAGUGGAAGAUGAAGAAAAACUUCAAUUUCUUGGAGGUAAUUUUCAGCUCCAUUUUCAUGCUCUUGAGUACAAGAACAUGACAAAGGUGUUUUUUUUCAUGUAACACAAGUUGUUUGGGGGAUAAUCUUUACAGAGUCCAGAAAAGAGGGGAAAUGGUUACAUUGAAGAUGGUAUAUUGGUACAAGUUUAAUUGCUGAGGUGAUUAUAGAGAUUCUUGUGCGGGAAUUUCCAAGGACCUUUCAAAACAUUCUUUAUUUGCAGAAUAGUUCCAACAACAAAACAAACUGGUCACAAAAUUUUCAAGCACCUGAACAAUUAUACUUACAACAAUUAUUUGCAGAAGGCUCAGUGAAUAGUGUUGAAUAAUCCCCCAGCUUCAUUGUGGGCACUAUUCAACAAUAAUAACUUGGCCUUGGGCUAAUAAUUGUUCAAUGUUACCUCUCUAACAGUGUUAUCUGCAAUUUUCAAGGGAAGAAGUGCUUGCAUGGUAUAUCCUAAUAAAAGGUGUAAUUAUUUUUUAUUAUUUGUGCUUGUGUUGGAUACACUCAAUAAAGACUCAUUGUCCCACUCAUUCACUUUAUUUCGCUUAUGUUCAUGUAAAGCAAAAGGUCAACUGAAAAUAGAUCACAAAACACUAACUGAUUCGGUGUACUUAGAACACAACAGGAUAUUGAGAAGAAAAACAAUAUAAAAUGAAUUUACAUACCAACAUUUGUGGCUCUAGUCCUUGAGAGGAUAUUCAAACAUAUGCAUUCACUAACUCGACUAAUUGUUUACUAAUCACGUCUCAUAUAUUGUAAUACGAUCGAUAAAGAUUAUGAUGUCAUGGUAACAUUAUUAUUAUCAUUAUUAUUAUUAUUAUUGUUAUUAUUAUUAUUAGUUAAUUAUGCUUAUAAGAGGUUAUUGUCAUAGCCAUUUGUUAUAAGACAGCUUUACAAAGAUUGAAGUUAGUAACAGCAAAAGUUAAAAGUUAUUUUAUUUUAAUUCAUGCAACAGACCAUACAUCUUUGUUGAAUUUCCUCAGAUAUUGUCCCUCCUAAAGUGCUUGUCAAAGACUUUUUGGAAAGUUUGAAGAAAAAGUCCAGAAUGUCUCCCUUUGAUGUAGACAGCUCAAGCUCAGAGUCAGAAUAACUGGAGUUAAAGUUUGGAAAGAAGUUGACUGUUCACAAAUUUGCAGUUGUCAAAACAAUUAUCUGAUGCUGCAAGCUUGUGCACUUCCUCUCAUUUUACGUAGUUUGGCUGAACAUUGAAUCACAAAAACUUCUCUGAAAACAGUGACCCCUGUCAUUUUACUUGAGCAGAUGAUGAGCACUCAACUACCCAAGAUGCAAUAAGGUUUAGUUUGCAUCUGAAUGGUUGAGCGGGUGUCGUAAGACAGUAACAGCACGGUGGCCAAGACCGCAACCACUCAGUUGAUUAAACCAAAUUACCUUGUUAUACUCCUCAACCGACAAAUCACCACAUUUUCUUUAGAAUCUUACCCCCUUCAUUCUUAAGACUGUUUUACAAUCUUCGUUUUCCGAAAUGAAUAGAUUGAGCGCCUGGGGCACUUUCUUACUUUUGGUGCCUCAAGGGAAGGCACUUAUUCGAAGCAGGGAGCCUAAUUCUUAUUUUUACAGAAAUACCAAAAUGUGCCAAACAAACCGUUGAUGUUUGUUUGAAAAUGAUCUACAAGACUGGGAAACUGACGUAUUAUCCCUGGGGCCUUACUCGCUAGAACGACCAGCCAAGGAGCUGUUGGAAAAUUUUGAGACAAGACGAGAUCAUUCUUUUGAAGGAACUGUGCCAUCCACAUGAACUUACUUCUUGAGAGACUGAGACGAAAACCACUGUUUUUUGUAUAAUAAGGCUUUAAGUAAGUAAUUAAAGGAAGGUGAACCACGCCUGAUCUCAGUGUGCACGGACUCUAACAGUGCUAUCAGUGAACAGAAUGGGGUAAUUAUUGGAAUUGAAGUGCUUACGCAAGAGGGGCGCUUCUUAGAAUAGGGGCGUUUAUGACAAAAACAAAUUCGAGUGGGGCAUUUAAUGGAGCGGAGGCGCUUAAUAGAACGAGGGCGCGAAACAGAAUCAUAACAGUAGUCUAUGAUUGGUGUCCGUUCUUUGAUUAUUGUUGAAACUCUGAUGUGGUUGUUGUUAUAAGGCAGUUAGCUUGCCAGAGAUACCAGCCGACGAAUGUCUAUAUUUGGUUAGAGAGUAAACACUUGAGUCGAGUGGGGCGACGUAAUGCACAGCAAGAUAAGAUGUCGGGUCACUUUGGUUUAUCAAUAGUCGAACUGAAGCUAUCUUAUAUCUGUCCAUGUUAAUAUUGUGGAGUGCCGUAAAUGCACCCAAUAAAGGAUUUAAGGGUCUUUUAAGACAUUGCGG